AUGAAUAGUCCUGGUGAAAGCUGUGUUAAAGAUUUUCAAUUAGACCUGGACAGAUUUAUACCAAAAUGUAUCGCAGAAGCUGGCGCUGCCAAGUCUUCCAUAUAUUUAAAACGUGCAAUUGAGGCAUACGAAGGGAAGCGAUUGUUUCCUCUGAUAGGCAAUGCCACAAGCUACGCCAACUUGACUACUUGUUACGGGGGGAAAUGCAAUCCAGAAAUUCCCGGCCUUUGCGACAAGAUAUGGCAGUUACUGGACGUGAAGAACAACCCCAAGCUCAACGAGAAAACUGCAGGGUUAGGUUGUUUAUCUACGCUAGUCAGUGUCAUGUUGGAUUCUAUCGACCACUACUGGAUGCAGCAAGGUCGACAAGAGCUCGCAAAGCUGGCAGAAUCUCUGGAUUUUAUGCAAAUGAGCGAUUUUAUCGAACUAUUUGAUGAUUAUUUUUCGCAGGGGGAAUGUGCAGUGCCAAAGAACGGAAUAAGCGCUCGCCAAUCAUAUCUGCAGUCACUGAUAAGGUUGGGAAGUGCUAUGAGGAGGGUUUGGAUAUUUGACAGUGCUGCUGGAGACUUACUGAUAAAAUAUAUAACUGAUAACCUAGAUUUCAGCUCUAACAAGAUAUACUACUACUUUCAGCUCCUGUUGGUCCUCUGUCCAAAGGCUACGAUUUACGUGAUUUGUGAGAACGGGCUUCUCUACAGAUGGUGGGAUAAUUCAGACUCCAGGGCAUUAAACGCUACAUUUGUUGCUUUAUUGGAAAGGGCAACCAAUUAUCACCGCACUUUGCCAUGCAAAUCCGAUGGGCAUGCUGUGUUUGAAUCGCAACUACAAGAAAGAAUGCCUUAUUUGUGCCAGAUGCUUUUCAACUAUUUGUGCAGGAGGAGGGUUGCCAAGAAGGCGGUAGACGAAUUUAAGGACCUCAUCCCCGCUAAAUAUAGCAAUAUGUGUGAAAAAACCCCGAGCGUUGUUCGGAAGCUAACAAAGAUUCUCGCAAAUUCCUCCGGCCUUGAGCAAUUGGCCCAUCUAAUCAGUGCACUCGAGCCCUAUGCCCAUCCCUCAAAUGCAGGCGCCUGGUCCCUGCCCAUUUCCGACUUUUUCCAAACCCUCUUCUCUACCCUGAUGAAAAUUCAGGUACAGUCUUACAUUGCUCAGGGCGGGGGUACUGCGCCUCCUUUGUGUGAUUUGGGUCCUCUGUUAGAUUUAGAUGCGUCAUAUAGCAUCGCCAUGUACGGUAUGAUGAGCAAAAACGGUCAGAUUUCAUCCAAUUACUUGGACGUCUUGAAACGUAUCUGUUAUAUCCAGCCCACCUAUCUGACUAAGGCGAUAGGUAAGCUGCAGUUUAUGAUGGACGUUGUAAAUGAACCCCAAUCGAGCAUUGUAGCCAUGAGGGCCCUGUCACAGCUCACUCCCCUAGUGGUGAAAUUUUGCCCUGGCUCUGUCCCUUCGAUUGUGGAAAAGAGCGUAAACUCUAUAUUUCCAUCUGACCCCCUAAAAUCCUCGCAGGCAUUGUUUCUAAUAACGAUGCAGAGCUGCAGUCUACGCCCUGUGGCCAUUGAUAGUGACUUUAUUUGUGGAGACGGAAACAGGGCACUGGCUUCUGCGUUUACUAGGCUGGUGCAGUCGAAGAUUGAUAAAUUGAAGGAUGCGGGCGAGUGGGUGGACGAAGUAGGCGGAUUUCAGGUGCCUGAGCGAUUGUUAUUUGAAUUGAUCCUGGGCUGGGGCGAAACCGCGCAAUUUCCGCAAAAAAUGACGCCUGUGGACCAGGGCGUUAUCACCAUGAUUAGGGCUGCGCUCAUAGUGCUAUUUCGGUAUGCGGAGGACGUUGAAUGGAUGGCAGAUGCAUUUUUGGACUUUCAAGUUACCAGGGAUAAUAUCCACUUUGCCUCUAGUGUAGGACUGGCCUUUUCCACUACCAAGCCCAAGAUGUCGUUUAGGAUAUUUAACACACUAUCCGCCAGAGCUUUGAAGCAGCUGAAUGCCAAUGUAUAUGAUGAUGUAACGCCACAAAUAUCACUACUUUCAUCGCUAAUAAGAUGCAUGCCCGAGUCGUAUAAGGUUGCAAAUAUAAUAACUGCAAUUCUGGAUAGGUGCUGGCACUCUACCCAUAAAUCUCUCUUCAAGGCAGCGACAAAGCUGGCCCAGCGUUGCCUAGAGUCUGUUCUAAACGUUUACCCCUUGAGCUACGAGGAGAAGUCCCUGGUCCCGCAGUGGCACAUCCCGCAGAAGGAGGCUAUAGAAGCCAUAGCGGGGGUCGUGUGCCUGGGACUGGAAAAGAUUGAGAAAACUGUUUUUGGUGAUCAGCACAUGGGCUGCAAUAAAAGCGACGAGGGAUCGUCUCUACGUGGAGCAUAUGUAUUAAAUAGGGCUGACUAUAUAAACCGUGCCUAUGUCUUUCUGUAUCGUAUGGUCAAAUCUGGCCUUCUACCCCAAGAACACUUAGAUUCAAGUACGAAUGUUUUGAAUAUGGCGCAUCAAAGCCCCCUUUCAAGCAAAGUCAAGGAAAUGGCGCAUAAGUUAUUCAUCAACGACGGUCCCCUUCAAUCGUCUACACAUGGAAAGAUGUCAAAGCUGCUUGGGGAGCUGGUUUCUGGAGGCGUGCAGCCCCAGCAAUUUGGAGGGUUUGUCGACAUAAACUCCGGCAUUAUGGACUGCGUAAGGUCUAUGGGUAGGCAAAAGAGCAAGUAUAUUUUCACAGGAUCACUCCGGCCAUUUGCCUUCAACGUGCCAUUAAUCCUAGUUUCAUCCAACCUGCUUGAUUCCCUGAGUAUAUUUUCCUGCAUCACAAAGAAAAGCCAUUUUUUCGACAUGCCCAUGGAUACCAUUUUUGGCCUGAUCGUCCAGCGUGUGUCCGAGAUAAUAAACUACCACAGGUGGUCCACGCAUCGCAGGUUGGAGCCCAGUGAUCCCGUGUUUGGGUACAUUUCAAAGCUCGUGGAUAUAUCGAUUUGCGGGGAUGAAAAGACGGCGGAGAAGGCAAAAUCGCACUUUUUGAUUUCAAUGGCAAUUGUAAAGGGUGCCAAAACAGCCGCACUGGAGCGCGUAUUUAGCAGGUCUUUGGAGUUGGCAAUAGCGUCCUGUGGUAACUUUUCCCACGACCAGAUCGUAAUGAACACCAUCAAAUUAUUGGUUCCUCCACUUCUACGCAGGGUUCUCUCAAAGCCUAUGCUGCUAAGGUCUUUGUUCAAGUUCAUAAUAAGCGCCAGCAGAUCUUUCAGCAAUGGGCGGUGCGGUGUUAGGCUGGCGGACGGUACCCGAAACGCCCUGGUUAUUUUGAUGGAGAAAGCAAGCAACGAGAGAGUGGAUGUGGAGUUUACGCCAGAGGAUUACACCUUCAGUGAGGUUUCUAUUUUAAACGUGUGUUUGUUAGCCUGGGUCGGGUACGAUGAGAAGUUGAAGGAUUGGCUGGUGAAAUGCAUUCGAAAUUCUUCAGAUAUUUCAUUGCGGGAGAUUGUGCAGGCACUGAUGGUAACGCAUGGCAUUUCUCUGGAUGAUAUACCAUAUGCGGUUGGUCUAUGCAAAUCCAUAUCGUCAAGGAGGAAAAAAAUAUCUAAUUUGGAUGAUGUUUGUUCGGCAAAAGGCUCUCCCUACCUGAAGUUGGUGAAGGCGUUAAGGGUAGAACCUUCCUGGGUUUCAUUCCGCUUAUGUCGAAUGGGCAGCAGCCUAUCUUUGCAAAAUAUUUCAUUUCUUAAAUCUUCCAUCCAUUCUACUUGUAAUUCGGCGUCCGUCGUCCAGGCGAUCGAACAGCUGGAGCAGCUGGUGACUUUUUCCGAUGAGCCGGAGGCAAAUAUUGCAUUUAUUGAGCUACUGGUAUCCGUAUUUGACUGCAUUGAACCAGAAAUGGUUGGAAGGGUGUCUGUGGUGCUGAAUAAAUUUGUCAAAAAUUGUAAAAUAGAGUAUAUACAUGAUUUGGCAGACGCCAUUACGCUCACCAAUAAACUGGGCUCUUCUGUGGAUCUGUGGGUCGAAUUGCUGGGAAAUGUCAAAUAUACAAGCACGUGUCAAUCUCUAGAUUUCUACAGGAAAUUGCUCCUUCUAACAGUUCUGACACUCAAUUGCGUAACGGUGCCCUGCUUACAAGUGCUGGAUGUAGGUAUUAUGAGAUCCGAGUGCCUGCAAGUUAGGGAACAAACGGCCUCCCUGCUGGUGGCGUUAAUUAAGAUGGGCAAACCGAUUUUCGAAUUCUGGCCUUUAGAUCCAUCUCUAUGGGAUGGAUUUCUGCGCUUUGGUAUUCGCCUUUUCGCCUGCAAAAAGUGGAGCCUGCUCCCAUGGGCAAGCACGCAGUUUCUCCAGCUAUUCAUCGAUACUGCGUUUAAGUGUGCUGGAAGCGGGAAAGAAGACUUGAAACUGUUGGGUAGAGAGGCCGUUUUAAGCCUUUCAGAUGCUGAAUUUGGACCCCAGUAUGGAGUCUUCCGUGAUAAGCCUCUAGGGGCUGUUAUUGAUCUGCUUAUGGGCUGGUUCGAAAAGUCAUUGGCUGAUAGCUCUCCGCAAUCCGGUGAACUGGCACUCGAUGCUAUUCGUGAAUUCUGGCUCAAAACACAAUUUUUGCUGGAUGCGAAGGUCACUAUUCUAAAAUUCCUGCCUCUACUGGACAGGGUUCCACCACAUCUCUACCGAUCCGUGGCCCAUUUUAUGUCCACCAUUGCAGCGAUAACGCUAGAUUCGAAUGAAGUCAUUGGAGAGCUUGAGGAACAACACUUUUUGUACCUCUCCGGCUUGGUCUACUCCUUUCCAUACUCCAUGAGGGAGUGGAUGCCCACGGUAGUGACGUCUUUAUCAGUAAUUGCUAAUGAAAGCAGCUAUGGAGGGAGGAAGAAGUUUAUAAAUGAGGUGAUUCAGGACUUUUUUAAGACGCAUACGGAUGGUUGGAACGAGUGGAGGGCCUUGUUCACCAGGGAGCAGCUGGACCUUGUGGAGAUGAGCAGGGGCCGGCCCUCGUACUUUUUGUAG